ACAUGACCGGACGCGCUUCGCAGUGGUACCAGCGGAAUUUUCCCCGUGUCGCUUCGCAAAGAUCGGGCGGCAGACUGAAACUGCUACUGCUAUGUUUCGCGGUGGGUUCAAUGCAGGCUACAAUCGCAUGGCUCAGCUACCUCCGUGGCGAUUUGCCUCGCAGCCGUAGCCAUAGCCGAAGACGGGCAGGCCUGGAAGACGACAAGAUCACCCUGCCAACGCCCCGUCCCAUCAACGACCCAUCUGAAGCCGGUGACUGGGAAGAAGGUGGAAAGAAAUUGCUGAAGGAAGGUCCUGACGAUGGUUUGCCACGUUGGUUCCUGGAGCUGAAUGUGGCAGGAUUUGAGCCGGACCUGACCUUCUAUAGCAACUUCAUCGAAAAGGCCGCGCAACGUGGAGAUUUGCGCGCGGCCGAGCGCUGGUUCUCCAACGCGCAGAACGCCAAGUUGGAGCCAAACGGGCGAAUGUUCAGCUUUCUAUGUCUGGCAGCCUCCAAAUCCGGCGAACUGAGUGCCGCGGCGAACUAUGGUGAGAGAGCUGCUCGAUUGGGUGAAGCUCUGGACAAGACUUUGCAGAUCAAACUCUUAUCUCAGGCCUUGGACGCGAGCCGACUGGAUCUGGUGGACCGCUUCUUUUCCUUCGCUGCCGAGCCCGCAAAUGUGAGCACCUACGAAUCGGUGCUGAUGGCUGCGGCCAGCAAUCGAGAUCUGGUCUUCGCGGAAAGGUGGUUGAAACGAGCCGAGGACGCUGAAAGGUAUGUGAACCCCUCCGUUCUUGUGGCUCUGAUGGACGCUGCUGCCUCGGAAGGCAACUUGUCGAUGACGGAGCGCUUCUUCGACUUCGGGGAAGCAAGUGGCAUCCGUCGAGAGAUGGCCGCCUUCAACGCGCUGAUCAAGGCGGCCGCCCUGGCGCGGCGCCCCGCGGCCGCGGAGUACUGGUUCUUCGAAGCGCGACGGGAAGGCCUCCAGCCUUCCCUGAUCACCUACACCUCGCUGAUCAAAGCCUCAGCGCAGACGGGCGAUUUGUUGAGCGCCGAAGCCUGGCUCCGAGAAGCCGAGAGCUCCGGGCUGCGGCUGGACAUCCAGAUCUUCACGGCGGUGAUCGAUGCGGCCGCACGUGCUGGAAAUCUCUCCGCUGCGGAGGAGUGGUUUCAGAGGUGUGAGCAGGUGGGGAAGCCCAGUAUCGUGACCUUCAACACCAUCCUGAGCGCCGCCUGCCGCUCUUCAGAUGCAGAGGCGAAAGGCGCCGCUAUCGAGCGCUGGUUUCGCCGCUGUGAAGCUUCAGGGAGCAGCCCGAACAUCAAGACCUUUAACAUCCUGAUGAAUGCUGCUGCCAAUCGAAACGACUUGAAUGCCACUGAACACUGGUUUCAAGUGGCCUUGACCAAAGGUAUACAGCCUGAUAGCGCGAUGCUGACCCUGUUGCUGACCAUGCUGCUGCAAAACGGUGAUGAGGUGGCGGCCUCGCGUUGGUACAGCGCUGCCAAGCAGAGGUCCGUGCGCCUGACGAACAGCUCGCUGGCGGGCAUUGCCAUUGCUGCAGCGCGCAAAGGCAAGUUGGACUUUUCCAAAUCCAUUGUGGAAGAUGGGCAUAAGAUGGGUCUGAAUUUCAGCGUAGCCACCUAUGCGACUCGGAGAUGCACGGUAUGGGGCAGCUUUUCCGUUUUAGAGAUCGGAGGAAUCGGGGGUGGUGACUGGUGGGGUCGAUUUCAACAUGCUUUCUUUCAUUUCAAUAAGUGGUAUGGUUCAAGCAAGUCAUGCGGAUAUUAUUGGGUGUGUUUAAAAGAUUUUACCCUCUAG